AUGGCACUAGUAGCAUACCGCAAUCUGCUGCGGUCAGCGCGCAUUGCUUUCCAAGGUAAUACACAGCACUUGGUCCAUGUCUCGCACAUGCUCACUUUAGUAGGCGACAUGAACACCCUUUUCGCCGCCCGCGCAGAGACCCGCAAGCACUUUGAGGAGAACCGCAACCUACGGGUUGGAAGUGAAGAGCUAGAAAGUGCACUGGUACAUGCCAAGGACGUAGCAAAGUUUCUGCGAGAGAAUGUGGUUCAAGGACAAGCAGAGGACGAGGACAAAUACAAGCUACGGAUUCACGAGUACACUGAACGAGGAGACAAUGAGGAUAUCAAAAAAGGAAAGGGAAAGAGUACAUUAGGCGGAACUAAAUGCUGUUCCUCCUAGGCUUUUAUCCACAAGAAAAUGAAUCGUGAUACCCAUGCUGCAGUCCACGCAACACAAAACGCCGGCCCAAUGCAAGUGUUACCAAACUAGUUGCCUUCCAAACUGGCAUACUUCACAUCGUCGUCCUCUCCUGGUGGAGGCGCAACAAUCAUGCUGUCCAAGCUGUUCUGUGGAGCAGCCUGGAUAGCAGCUUGAGUAGCCGCAGCCCGUCGGGAUGAACCCGCUACCUGUCGUCCCUCCUUUGCGUAUUGCAUCCUAACAUUCUGAUCCAAGCUGUCCAACUGCUUCGGCUUGCCCCAAGUGACCCGCAUUGGGCAGCCCUUGAUGACAACCUUGCCCUUCAGUGUUUCUGCCGCAGUCUCUGCGUCUUUCCUGUUGACAUAAUUGACGUAUGCGCAAUGCGCGCGAUGUGAGCAGACCAGCGACCUGAGCUGACCAUAUUGUGUAAAGUGUUUGCGGAGUUCGUGCUCGGGCAGAUCGUCUUCAACACCAGUGACGAAGAGUGAUGCGACGUUGGAAUCGGAAGGCGGAAGCCAGUCUUGCGGGUUCGGCUCAGCCG